CCUCAAGGCGCUGCCAAUGGGAAAGAGAAAGACGCCCCAUCAUGUGACCUCAGCACUGUCCAGCCUAGUGAGGAUGAGGAGGUUGAGAGAGGUGCCCUCAAGAGGCUCAGCACAAUGUGGUCUUCAUUCCGGGGCAAACUCAACAGAGAUCGGGUGAAGGAGCCAUGUCAGGAGUCUCUGGAUUCAGCUCCGGUGGACACCACAGCCAGGGAGCAGCGCUACAUGAGCGGGCAGUACUUCUUUGAGUACCUGGUGGUGGUCAGCCUCAAGAAGUCCAAAGAGGGGGCCUACGAGCCGCAGAUCACCUACCAGUUCCCCAAGAGGGAUGGGAUGGUGAGAUUCCAAAGAGAGGAGGAGGAGAAGACCCUGAAGGCAAUCACGCUCUUCUGUUUCCCAGAGGGGAUCAGCUGGGCCCCCCUAACAGAGUACCACAGUGAGACAUUCUCCUUUGUCUUGACUGAGAUCGAUGGCAGCAGAAGGAAUGGAUACUGCAGAAGGCUACUGCCCCACGGCAACGGAGCGCGCCCCCCCGAAGCCUUCUGCAUCAUUAGCAGCCUGGCUUGUUUCGGACUCUUCUCCAAGAUCUUUGACGAGGUGGAGAAGCGACACCAGAUCUCCAUGGCGAUGAUUUACCCGUUUAUGCAGAGCCUUAGGGAGGCAGCGUUCCCCGCCCCAGGCAACACUGUCAAGAUCAAGAGCUUCAUUCCCGACAAGGGCACCGAGAUCAUCAGUCUGACGCGGCCGGUGGACUCGUGGCUGGAGCACGUGGACUUCCGCACGCUCUUCCGUUGCUUGACCAAUGAGGAGGUGGUGCUGGUGUUCGCUGCCGCCGUUAUGGAGCGACGCAUUGUUUUCAUAGCCGUGGAGCUCAGCACCCUGUCCCAGGUGAUCCACGCUGUGGCCGCCCUCCUCUAUCCAUUCACCUGGCAACACACCUUCAUCUCCAUAGUCCCUGAGAUCCUCAUCGACGUUGUUAUGGCCCCCACCCCCUACCUGCUGGGAGUGCAGAAGCGGCUAAUGGAACAGGUCACAGACCAGACCGACCUGCUUGUGGUGGACUUGUCAGAGGAUAGGAAGGACACUUUCCUUGUUCAAAUCGGGGAUGAGAAGUCUAUUCUGCCCCCUAAGCUUCAAGAUGAAAUACUGCAGGCACUAAGAAACAGGAAAGAAAAAGCCACCGUGGAGGAGCUGAACAGGGUGGUCUCGGAAGCCUUCCUGCCCUUCUUCGUGAAGACUGUUGGCCAUUUUGCUUUGUACGUGACGCGGAACAGCAGUGGCCAGCCGGGGGUGUUCCAGAGCAGAGCCUUCUACAAGGCCAUCAAGUCCAACACCACGCGGCACUUUGUCAAGAAAUUCCUCCAGACCCAGAUGUUUGACCUGUUUAUCCAGGAGGUGGAGCAGCAGCCAGCAAGCCCCCAGCAAGGAAUUUUCCACAAAAAGAUUGUUGAAUACCAGGAACAGAAGAGAAAAGAGAAGGCGAAGAAGAGACACUAAGUAUGAAUACACUGUAAACG